CCAGGGACUGGAAUGGUAUAAAAUCUGGUAACAACUAGAUUGGAACAACAUCCAACCACUUCGACAAGGGUUACACUUUCUCUCUGCAACAAUGAAGAAUUACAGUAUGAAAGGAGAGUGUCUCACCAGCGGUCACACUCCAGGAGGCAAGCAGCCUCACAGCACAUUCUGACCAUCACACACAGGCUUGGAGAGAGAGGGAGAGAGAGCGAGAGACCGAAUCAGCACCUCACACACAUUGCCAGAACCUGCUCGCUCCAGGGUGAGGAAUUCUUUACUUUAAAAAAAUUGAAUUACUCAACCAGCAUUACUAUCUGUCCUCUCUCUCUGACAUGGAGCUCCACCGCCUCCGACACCACCACAGCCACCGGACUGACGACAAGCUCCAGAUGCUGAACCUCAACCAACGCCUGGAGACCUACCUGGGCCGAGUGAGGCUGCUGGAGGAGGAGAACAAGCUACUAUGCCAGGAGAUCCAGGCCCUGAGGGGCAGCGGCCAGGGGGGGCGGAUGGGCCUGGAGGACAAGCUGAGCCUGGCCAGGCAAGAGGUAGAGGAAGUCUGGAGGGAGAAGGAUCGGGUGGAGCUGGAGCUAGGGAGCCUGGGUGAGGAGCUCCACGUCCUGGGGCUGCAGAGACAGUGGGAGGCGGACGCCCAUGGGGAGGUGAAGAAGAAGCUGGCAGACAGCAGGAAGCAGAUGGAGGAGGAGAGGAAGGCUCAGAUCUGGUUAAGAGAGAAGGUGAGCCAGCUAGAGAAACAAAUCCAGUUCCAGAUAAAAACCCACCAGGAAGAUGUUGCCGGCUUCCAGGCUACACUAAUCCAUGUCAGACCUGCACUGCCACCCCCUCCACCCCAAACGGGCACCCAGCUGCCCAGCCUCCAGGAGCUGGGUGAGGAGUACUCCCAGAUGGCUGUCAGGGCGUGGCAUGAGGCGGCCAUGGUGUUUCAGGGCCAGGUGGACAGCCUGGACGAGUCUCUAAACCAGGCCAGAACCCGGUUGGCCCAGGUGGGCCAGGAGAAGAAUGAGAGCCAACUGAAACUUCAGGCCCUGGAGAAUGAGCUGCAAUCAGCCCAGGAUAGAAGGCAGUGUCUGGAGAGGAGUGUGGCCAAACAGAGAGACAUGCAGAGGCAAGAGAUACAAAACCUGCAGGCCCAUCUGGAUGUGUUGGAGAUGGAGAAGGGGGCGCUGGGAAAUCAGAUUGACACUCUCCUGACAGAAAGUAGGGGUCUGCUGCAGCUGAAGAUGUCUCUGGGCAUGGAGGUGGCCACAUACAGCGCUUUACUGGACAAUGAAAGUCUGAAGGGGGAUUUCUCUUCAACAAAUCAGCUAAGGAGUACCUACAUCUCUGAUGGAGUCCCCAGCUCCCGAGGGGUUAAGCAAAGCUUCCAGACACAGCUGGCUACCAGUCACAUGAUCAGGCCCAUCUCUACCAUCCAUAGAGCAAGCCCACGAUCCAAUGUGACAAUGAUGUCCGCAUCACCAAUCUGGACUCAAAAUCGGGUAACCCUGAAUGAAACACCUGAGAGUUGUCGAAAGACAGAAGAGCAUAUCGACUUUGGCGUAGGGUCCAACCACCAGGUAAGUUGUUCAACGCCUUACCCCAAAGUACCACAGGACGGAAUUUCAGUCCACCACUUCAGACCCCAAGAUGUCCAUAUAGAAGUCAACUAUGCUGAGCCUCUCUCACCUCCCACUGAAGAGGCAGGAGCUGAUGUUGUAUCUUUGCUUGGAUCUGACCACAAGGAACAAUCCAUGUGGGAUAUGGAAAAGGAGGAAGAGGAUCAGAACAUAGUCAGAACCUGGUUUGCUGAAGAGAAACCCGUUCUGGAAUCUGCCAUGAGUCACCGGGUCGAGACCAGCUUCAGUAUGCCAACUGUGUUCAGCACUGAUGCUCAAGAGCUCUACAGCCCUUCAGUGAGCUAUGAGAGAGCAGGUUCGGUGACAGGGGCACAUUCUGCUUUCUCAGCGAAUGAUGAUAAUGAUAUACCUUUUGAAAUGUCUUUUGAAAAAGAGGAACCUCUACUAGAUAUGCCUUAUGGUCCCAUGAAUGCAUCGGAGGAAAGAGAGCUUGAAACAGCAAAGAAAGAUGCUGAAUGGGCGGGAAACGAAGGCUUGGAAUCUGAAACUGCAUCAAUGCUAGAACAAGCAUUUGAGACCUUCACAAGCAGUCAAGCUUUUGAGUAUGGGGCGGGGAAAAGUUACAACAAGCCAAUAGAGCUUAACCAAGAGGACAAUAUGUCAUAUGAAUCCACUCAAGCCUCCCACGGUUCAGAAGAGGCAUUUCGCCAUGUUAAAAGACUGGAGGAAGAUGUUAUUCAUCUCCCAAAAGAGGAUGAAAAUGAUAUGUCUAACAAACAUGAGGAGCAAUUGGAAGAUGAAUUGCACCCCUAUGGGUAUGGUAAGGAUGAUCGUGAAAGAUUGGGAGGAUUCAUUAAGGAAAAUGACAUGACAGAAAGAAUCGAUAAGUUCAACCAAGAGGAGAUUAUCUCAUAUGAAUCUGCUCAAGCUUCUCACUGGUCAGAAGAGGUAUUUCACCAUGUUGAAAGAGUGGAGGAAGGUGACAUAAAUUUCACAAAAGUGGAUGAUGAAAAUGAUAUGUCUAACAAACGUGAGGAACAACAUGCACUGAACCCCAACGGGGAUGUAAAGGAUGAAUGGGAUCGAGUGGCAGGGUACAAUGAAGAGAAUGGAAUUGGAGAAAGAAUGGAUGAUUGGAAAGAAGGAAAGUAUCAUAUGAAAGGGGAAGAGAUGUGGAAUAACAGAGAAACCCAACCCAAUCGGGCUGAUCAAGAGUAUAUACCUUCAAAUGAAGAGAAACUAAAUCAAUUCGAGCAAGAGCAAAUACCUUCAGGCAGAGAGAAACUGAAUCAGUCUGAGCAAAGGUAUAUCAAUUCAAACGGAGAGAAACUGAAUCAAUCUGAGCAAGAGCAUAUACCUUCAGGUGGAGAGAAACUGAAUAUAUCCGACAAUGACAAAGAGGAUCAUGAUGAGGCAAACUACUGUCAAAAUAAUUCUGUUUCAUGGAGGGCUGAGCUAGAAGGCGACAGCUAUGCUCAGGACAACACACUAGCCGACACACACCCCUUGAUCCGUUACAAGAGUGACGAGACGGAUGUCAACACUCAGGCUUCACACUUGGGCGAGAGUGACUCCAGUGAUGGUGAAGAGGACAGGGAGGUUUGCCAGACAGGAACAGACACCUGGGGCGAAGGCAAGUCCAAACAGUUUGACACCAUGGAGGAUCUGUAUGAAGAGUCAGAAGGAGAUGUCAUAGAUCAGGAACGUAACAUGGGCUCCACUCACCAAGAGGACAUGGAUGCUAGCCAAACAAAGGAGCAUUCUACACAGGAGAACGAUGAGGAGAAUGCUGUAGAUCAGUUGAUUCAGGAGGCAGAAGAGGAGCAAUCCUAUGAGGAACUUACAGAACCUGGAGAGUACUCCAUGGUGUGCUCUGAUGAGGACUAUAAUGAAGAAAGAAUUGAUAGAUUGGUGGAGCAAGAGCUAGAGAAUUUAUCUAUAUCCAGUUACAGUGAACACUUUACUGGGCAGAUGAUUGAGAGCGAGUCAGUACUGAGUCUUCAAAUUGAGUCUCACACUGAACUUUCCCAGACACAAGACAUAUUAUACAGUGAGGAGGUAGAGCAGAUACACUCAGAGAGACUGAAUCAAUCUGAACAAGAGUAUAUACACUCAGAGAGACUGAAUCAAUCUGAACAAGAGUAUAUACACUCAGAGAGACUGAAUCAAUCUGAACAAGAGUAUAUACACUCAGAGAGACUGAAUCAACCUGAGCAAGAGUAUAUACACUCAGAGAGACUGAAUCAACCUGAGCAAGAGUAUAUACACUCAGAGAGACUGAAUCAACCUGAGCAAGAGUAUAUACACUCAGAGAGACUGAAUCAACCUGAGCAAGAGUAUAUACACUCAGAGAGACUGAAUCAAUCUGAACAAGAGUAUAUACCUUCAGGAGGAGAGAAACUGAAUCUAAAUGCACAAGAACACAUAUCCUCAGAUGGAGAGAAUCUGAAUCAAUCUGAACAAGAGUAUAUACCCUCAGGCGGAGAGAAACUUAAUCUAUAUGUGCAAGAAAACAUACCCUCAGAUGGAGAGAAAAUGAAUCAAUCUGAACAGGAGAAGAUACCUUCAGGAGGAGAGAAACUGAAUCAAUCUGAGCCAGAGUAUAUCAUUUCAGGCGGAGAGAAACUGAAUCAAUCCGAGCCAGAGUACAUAACUUCAGGCGGAGAUAAACUGAAUCUAUAUGUGCAAGAACACAUACCAACAGACGGAGAGGAACUGAAUCAAUCUGAACAAGAGGAUAUAACUUCAGGCGGGGAGACACUGGAUAUAUGUGAGCAAGAACAUAUACCCUCAGACAGAGAAAAAAUGAAUCAAUCCGAGCAAGAAAAUAUACCUUUAGAUGGAGAAAAACUGAAUCAAUUUGAGCAAGAAAAUAUACCUUUAGGUGGAGAAAAACUGAAUCAAUUUGAGCAAGAAAAUAUAACUUUAGGUGGAGAGAAACUGAAUCAAUCUGAACAAGAGAAGAUACCUUCAGGAGGAGAGAAACUGAAUCAAUCCGAGCCAGAGGAUAUACCUUCAAACGGAGAGAAACAGAACGUAAAUGCACUAGAACACAUACCCUCAGACAGAGAGAAACUGAAUCAAUCCGUGCCAGAGUACAUAACUUCAGGCGGAGAGAAACUGAAUCUAUAUGCGCAAGAACAUAUACCCUCAGAUGGAGAGAAACUGAAUCUAUAUGUGCAAGAACAUAUACCCUCAGACAGAGAGAAACUGAAUCAAUCUGAACAAGAGGAUAUAACUUCAGGCGGGGAGAAACUGAAUCAAUCCGAGCAAGAAAAUAUACCUUUAGGUGGAGAGAAACUGAAUCAAUUUGAGCAAGAAAAUAUACCUUUAGGUGGAGAGAAACUGAAUCAAUUUGAGCAAGAAAAUAUACCUUUAGGUGGAGAGAAACUGAAUCAAUUCGAGCAAGAAAAUAUACCUUUAGGUGGAGAGAAACUGAAUCAAUUCGAGCAAGAAAAUAUACCUUUAGGUGGAGAGACACUGGAUAUAUGUGAGCAAGAACAUAUACCCUCAGAUGGAGAGAAAAUUUAUCAAUCCGAGCCAGAGGAUAUACCUUCAAACGGAGAGAAACAGAACGUAAAUGCACAAGAACACAUACCCUCAGACAGAGAGAAACUGAAUCAAUCCGUGCCAGAGUACAUAACUUCAGGCGGAGAGAAACUGAAUCUAUAUGCGCAAGAACAUAUACCCUCAGAUGGAGAGAAACUGAAUCUAUAUGUGCAAGAACAUAUACCCUCAGACAGAGAGAAACUGAAUCAAUCUGAACAAGAGGAUAUAACUUCAGGCGGGGAGAAACUGAACCAAUCCGAGCAAGAAGAUAUAACUUCAGGCGGGGAGAAACUGAAUCAAUCCGAGCAAGAAAAUAUACCUUUAGGUGGAGAGAAACUGAAUCAAUUUGAGCAAGAAAAUAUACCUUUAGGUGGAGAGAAACUGAAUCAAUUUGAGCAAGAAAAUAUACCUUUAGGUGGAGAGAAACUGAAUCAAUUCGAGCAAGAAAAUAUACCUUUAGGUGGAGAGAAACUGAAUCAAUUCGAGCAAGAAAAUAUACCUUUAGGUGGAGAGACACUGGAUAUAUGUGAGCAAGAACAUAUACCCUCAGAUGGAGAGAAAAUUUAUCAAUCCGAGCCAGAGGAUAUACCUUCAAACGGAGAGAAACAGAACGUAAAUGCACAAGAACACAUACCCUCAGACAGAGAGAAACUGAAUCAAUCCGUGCCAGAGUACAUAACUUCAGGCGGAGAGAAACUGAAUCUAUAUGCGCAAGAACAUAUACCCUCAGAUGGAGAGAAACUGAAUCUAUAUGUGCAAGAACAUAUACCCUCAGACAGAGAGAAACUGAAUCAAUCUGAACAAGAGGAUAUAACUUCAGGCGGGGAGAAACUGAAUCAAUCCGAGCAAGAAAAUAUACCUUUAGGUGGAGAGAAACUGAAUCAAUUUGAGCAAGAAAAUAUACCUUUAGGUGGAGAAAAACUGAAUCAAUUUGAGCAAGAAAAUAUACCUUUAGGUGGAGAGAAAAUUAAUCAAUCCGAGACAGAGGAUAUACCUUUAGGUGGAGAGAAACUGAAUCAAUCUGAGCCAGAGUAUAUAAUUUCAGGCGGAGAGAAACUGAAUCAAUUCGAGCCAGAGUAUAUAAUUUCAGGCGGAGAGAAACUGGAUAUAUGUGAGCAAGAACAUAUACCCUCAGACAGAGAGAAAAUGAAUCAAUCCGAUCCCGAGUAUAUACCUUCAGGUGCAGAGAAACUGAAUCAGUCUGAGCAAGAGUGUAUACCUUCAUGUGCAGAGAAACUGAAUCAGUCUGAGCAAGAGUGUAUACCUUCAUGUGCAGAGAAACUGAAUCAGUCUGAGCAAGAGUGUAUACCUUCAGGUGCAGAGAAACUGAAUCAGUCUGAGCAAGAGUGUAUACCUUCAGGUGCAGAGAAACUGAAUCAGUCUGAGCAAGAGUGUAUACCUUCAGGUGCAGAGAAACUGAAUCAGUCUGAGCAAGAGUGUAUACCUUCAGGUGCAGAGAAACUGAAUCAGUCUGAGCAAGAGUGUAUACCUUCAGGUGCAGAGAAACUGAAUCAGUCUGAGCAAGAGCAUAUACCUUCAGGUGGAGAGAAACUGAAUCCGUCUGAGCAAAAGUGUAUACCUUCAUGUGCAGAGAAACUGAAUCAGUCUGAGCAAGAGUGUAUACCUUCAGGUGCAGAGAAACUGAAUCAGUCUGAGCAAGAGUGUAUACCUUCAGGUGCAGAGAAACUGAAUCAGUCUGAGCAAGAGUGUAUACCUUCAGGUGCAGAGAAACUGAAUCAGUCUGAGCAAGAGUGUAUACCUUCAGGUGCAGAGAAACUGAAUCAGUCUGAGCAAGAGUGUAUACCUUCAGGUGCAGAGAAACUGAAUCAGUCUGAGCAAGAGUGUAUACCUUCAGGUGCAGAGAAACUGAAUCAGUCUGAGCAAGAGCAUAUACCUUCAGGUGGAGAGAAACUGAAUCCGUCUGAGCAAAAGUGUCUUUCCUCAGAGGUUAUGUAUUCGGUGCACUCUAGGAUUCUAAUGACAUCUGAUCACACAUCUCUUAGAGAAGGUUCAGUAGAAAUAUCCCAAGAAGAAUAUUUGGCUCAAGGUAAGGUAUUCAGUGGGGGACUGGAAACUGAAGCUGUACCAGACAAAAUAGAAGGACAGGAUGACCAGAACCUUUAUAUGUCGACUCAUGCAGACUUCACUGAAAGCCAUUCUAUCUACAGCAGUUUAAACAGCAGGCCUGAGAGUCAAACCGACAUGAACAACUUGGAUAUAGAAGAGUCCAACAGCACAGAUGAUGAGUCGCCAAAUGCAAGCCAGUAUUUGCAACCUGUCGCCAAAGCAAAUCUAACUGCAGAUCAGGAAGACUUGUUAGAUGUGGCAGUCUCUCACUAUGAGGAUUGCAAUACUCUUAUUGAACAUUCUGCAGAAGAGGUCACUAGCUAUCAGGCAAGUAAUGAAUGUCUUCAGACAGAUGAAUGGGAAGUCUUAGAAAGUCCAAACAAACACCUGGAAUCUGGAGAUCCUUUUGCAGGUCACAAGAGAGACUCUGAGAGAUCAUCCAAAACUGACAGCGAAGCCCGGGACCUCCACAGCUUCCUCAGCUCUGGUGUACACAACAACUUCUGGGGUUCCAAUCUGGAGACAGGAGCCCCCUAUCAACCGGAUGAGCCAUAUGACCAUGUGACCGAGCUACCCAAUCAGAACCUAGCCUUGGCUAACAACCUAUCCUGGGUGGAUUUGGAGAAUCCACAGGCAACUAAUUGGAACACAAAGAUGGACAGCGACACACCUAAAGCUUCCACCCUUGAAGAAGAGGACGAACAGAUGCCCUCACAGGUGAAGCAGCUGGUUUGUAAAGAUGUGGUAGAGGGUGUGAAUGUUACUUCUGAAGGUUCUGAAGAUGGAGACUCCUGGUCAUCUGGGGAAGAAUAGGAACAAUUUCAGCAUGGUUUCUAUAAAGGAGUAAAGUAGAAGUAACAAGUGUUACUGAGAGUGUAAAACUAUUUACAUUUUACAGGCUUUGAAUUUGAGCAUUGAUUCACAUUGAUCCUCACAGUGGAAAGUAAAUGAAACGAUAAUUUCAUCCAAACAUGAAUGUACUAUGUCACAGAAUGUCAUGACAAUUCAGUGCUCUCCGGGAUCCUUGGGAUGUCCCUACCCUAAACCCUAACUAUAACCAUAAUCCUUACCUACACCAUUUAAAAUGUCAACUUCAAUGGGGUAGGGACGUCCCAAGGAUGCGAGAUAGCACAGACCGUCAAAUAUUUAUGCUGUUUUCAAAAACCAAAAAGUUGUGCUUUGGUGCACACCCUGCUGGCACUAACCACCAGUGUACCUACUCUAUUUCAAGACAUUGAGGGCCAUUUUUUGUAAGUUUUACAAAUUGAGGUUUGAAUAGCAUUUGUUUAUUUUGCCCCCCCCCUUGAAGAACAAAAGUAACUUAAUUAAAAACCAAAGAAAGGACAUUUGAAAGUCAAAGCAUUCCGAACUGGCAUUAAUUGAUAGUUGAUUUGAUUGCACUGAUUGAAGGAAAUCAAUCAGAGCAAAAGUGAGAACCAAGGUAUUUCACUGCACAGGACCUGCGAGCUUGUUUUUUCUAGCAGCAACUGUUAUCUUAACAUCUUAAGUCCAUUUGAUAAGGACUCCAGCUGUGCCUUCAGAAAGUAUUCAUACCCCUUGACUUACUCCAUUGAAUAGUGUUAUUUAUGAUUAUCAUUUGAUAUUUCAACUCACACACUACAAGCAGCAAAUCAAAUCAAAUUGUAUUAGUCACGUGCGCCGAAUACAACAGGUGUAGUAGACCUUACAGUGAAAUGCUUACUUACGAGCCCCUAACCGACAGUGCAGUUUCAAAAAAUACAGAUAAGAAUAAGAGAUAAAAGUAACAAGUAAUUAAAGAGGAACAGUAAAAUAUAACAAUAUAUACAGAGGGUGCCGGUACAGAGUCAAUGUGCGGGGGCAUCGGUUAGUUGAGGUAGUAUGUACAUGUAGGUAGAGUUAUUAAAGUGAUUAUGCAUAGAUGACAACAGAGAGUGGCAGUGGGGGGGGGGGGGUGAAUAGUCUGGGUAGCCAUUUGUCUAGAUGUUCAGCAGUGCAUGGUUUGAAAUCCCAGAAGAACAGUUUGCCUUCAUUUUAUUAAAGCGUUUCACAACACAGUGUCACAACGUAUAACUAACAUACAAUGAAACAACAUGGUACCAUAUUAGUUAUGCUUUGUUCACGAUUACAGCAAAAAUAAACUUGUGUUGUUCUUUGGCUAGUGUUCUCUCUGUAGAAAUGCACACAAAAAACAUACAUGGAAAAAUAAAACAAAUUGACAAAUA